GCAAUCAAAUGAAUGUUUUGACGUAUCCAAUUUGGUAGCAUAUAACGUAAUCGGGUCAACCAUGAUGUCAUAUCAUUAGCUUAAUUUUAAAAGUGACGUACCAUUUCUACACGAAAUUCGGUAGACCGAGCACCUAUUUAUUGUAUUUAGUUAUUUUUGUUCGUCUAAUAGUGUUUAAAAAUGUCGUACUUUCAAUCGAGAUACACCGGUUCAAGCCCACCCCCGCCUUUAGGCGACAAGCUGCGCCUCUACCAUGUAGACAUGAACCCAUACGGGCACAGAGUCCUUCUCAUUCUGGAGGCUAAGAGGACUAAAUACGAGGUUUACAAGCUGGAUCCACUGAGGCUGCCUGAUUGGUUCCGAACUGCUAACCCUAGAUUGAAAAUACCUGUGCUGGAAAUCCCAACGGAUCAAGGAGACAAGUUCCUGUUCGAGAGUGUGGUGAUAUGUGACUACUUGGACGAGAAGUACGGACGGGGGCAGUUGCAUUCCCGGGACCCGUACGUGAAGGCGCAGGACAGACUGCUGAUCGAGAGGUUUAAUGAGCUUAUAAAAGGCAGCUUAGAGUGCUUCGACACAAACUUCACCUACGGCAGUGAACAGAUCGUGCAAACCUUGGAUAUCUUUGAAAAAGAACUCACUUCGAGAGGUACAAAUUAUUUCGGUGGAGACCGGCCCGGUAUGCUAGACUACAUGAUCUGGCCGUGGGUGGAGCGCCUGUAUCUACUGCGAUGCAUCAACGAGAAAAAGUUCGACGAGAAACGAACGCUGUUCCCCAACUUUGCCGAUUGGGGCGACCAAAUGCAGUUAGAUGAAGUGGUGAAAAAACAUGCCAACUCUCCAGCCGAGUAUUUCGAUUACUACAAGCACGCUAGGACACAUUCGAUGGGAUAUUAUCUUUAAGAAAAUAAACUUCAAAGCAUAGAGAAAGACACGAAC